AUGUGCAAAUUGGCGGACUACCUAAACGCCAGUCCGCCCAAUUUGGUGCAGGACAAUCGCUUGAACUUAAGACAGAGACAAGCACACCGCCGGGCCAUUUUUCUCGAGCCACCUCCAACAGGAUGCCUACUGCAAGAGAGCUGUGUCUCUCAGAUGCUGUUCGGCGGGCGUCUGAUAUGGCAACAAGCGCCUCGACUGUUUUCUACCAACAAACCUCCGUCUCUCUAUGAAUUCAAGAAACUCAUCACCCAUUCACGACCUAUCAAUUACCCCCUCGCAGCUUCAACUGAAGCCAAUGUCCCCAUCUAUGAUCUUCCCGAGUUCGCUGAAGUAUCUCCAGAUCAACGCUCAGCGCUGCAAGACGAAUGGUACCAUAUCCUCCUAUCAGGCCCGGGCGUAUUCGUUACCAAACACCUGUAUAAAGACAAGUCGCUUCUUGGCACAGUAAAUGAUGCCUACUCAAGAAUCAUCGAUGAAGAAAAGAAGCGUUCUGGCAAGCGCGGAGAUCACUUCGCCGGCUCGGGCGCAAACGACCGCAUUUGGAACUCCUUCUCGAAACAUUGUCUGCAAGAUGCAAAAUCCUUCGUCGAAUACUAUUCUAACCCCUGGCUACCGCUCAUCUCCUCUGCAUGGCUAGGCCCGUACCACCGCAUCACAGCCCAAGUGAACAUAGUCAAGCCCGGUGCAAAACCCCAGAUCUCGCACCGGGAUUACCACAUUGGCUUCCAAGACAACACAUCAUGCGCACAGUUCCCGAAGGCGUUGCAAGUUGCAUCGCAAUUCUUGACGCUGCAGGGCGCCGUCGCCCACUCGGAUAUGCCACUGGAAAGCGGACCUACGCGGCUGCUGCCGUUUAGCCAGAUGUUCGAGGAGGGUUACAUGGCGUAUCGGAUUCCAGAGUUCCAGGAGUUCUUUAUCGAAAAUUACGUCUCCGUGCCGCUCUCCCAGGGCGAUGGACUGUUCUUCAAUCCCGCACUGUUCCAUGCUGCGGGGCAGAAUGACUCCGAAGACAUCAUGCGCUCGGCAAAUUUGCUGCAGAUAUCGAGCGGAUUUGGGAAACCCAUGGAGAUGAUUGAUACGUAUCCGCUUGUGGAGGCAACAUGGGAUCUGAUAAGAGACAUGCACAAGGAGGGGGGAUUGAAUAGUAGGGUUCGAACAAUCUUGGAGAAUGUUGCGGAAGGUUAUCCUUUCCCAACGAACUUGGAUAAACGAGUCCCAGAGACGGCAGGCAUGGCACCAGACAGCGAGCAAGACCUUCUGAUCAGAGGUUUGCAUGAGAGAUGGGCGAAAGAUAGAGUGCUGGAUGAGAUGCAGAAGAUGCGAGAUGACUCUCGGGCUUAG